AUUUAAUGCAAUUAUUGGUUACCCUAAAACUUUUCAAUAUAUACGAAUAUAUUCUUUGCAUAUUUCCUUUAGGGGAUGGCAAAAAUGUUGAUAAAAGUGAUAUUGAAACGGAAAAUAAAAUAUUCAAACUUCAAAAUUAAGGCAGUUUUUAACAUACAUUUUUGUAAAAAUUUUAGAUUAAUAUAUUCAAAAUUCUUAUGGCAGAUUCGUCAGUUUAUAUAGAAAAACCGCAACCGGAAUGGGGUGUUAAGCUAUCAAAAUUUAUAUUUAUACCUCAACGAGUAAUACUGGCUCUUAUGGGAUUCUUUGCCGUAGUAAAUGCCUACACAAUGCGAAUUUGUUUAUCCAUGGUUAUUCCAGCUUUGGUUUUACCCCGAAAUUAUAGCGAUGAAAAGGUUUCUGAAGCUCAUUGUCCUGUGUCGGAGGAUCUUUUUGAAGAUGACGAAAAUCCUCUUUCCGGAACUUAUGACUGGUCUCAGCCAAUGCAGGGAUUUAUUUUAAGUUCCUUUUAUAUUGGCUAUCUGAUCACCCAUGUGCCCGGAGGUGAGCUGGCAAAAAAAUUCGGUGCCAAGUGGGUUUUAAGUUUGGGUAUUCUAUUCACUGCCAUUUGCACUCUAUUAACACCUUUAGCUAUUGAAUAUACAGGUCAUGUUGGUUUAAUUGUUAUGCGUAUUCUAAUGGGAUUGGGAGAGGGAACAACAUUUCCGACCUUAAGUGCUUUAAUAGCUCAUUGGGUGCCAAAAAAUGAAAGAGGAGCUAUUGGCUCUUUAAUUUUAGGUGCUGGACCUAUGGGUACAAUUAUCGGAAAUCUAUUGCCAGGAUUUCUUUUGGCCAGAAGUGGUUGGCCUGUGGUAUUUUAUAUCUUUGGCAUUUUAGCUGUGUUGUGGUUUAUAUUCUUUACCUUAUUUUGCUUUAGUGAUCCGGCGUCACAUCCCUUUAUAAAGCCCAGUGAAAAGGAAUAUUUAAUACAAGAAUUAGGAUCUAUUACACGCAGAAGAGAUCUAGGUGCAACGCCCUGGAAAGAAAUUUUCCUCAGCAUGCCAAUGUAUGCCCUGCUAGUUGCUCAAGUCGGUCACGAUUGGGCAUUUUAUAUACUCGUUACAGAUUUGCCAAAAUACCUAAAUGAUGUCAUGCAAAUACCCAUCAAGAAGAAUGCCAUUUACUCUUCAUUGCCUUUCGCUAUAAUGUGGAUUGUUUCGAUAAUUGCAGGAAUUUUAGCAGACUUUUUAAUAAAAUAUGAAGUUUUAUCUUUAACGGCCGUAAGAAAACUUAUGACCCUCAUCGCAGCCUUUGGUCCUACACUAUUCGCAAUUCUAGCUUCAUAUGCCGGUUGUAAUGAGAUGGAAGUUAUAACAUAUUUUUGCUUGUGUUUAGGUAUAAUGGGUUUCUAUUUUGGAGGUGGCAGGUUAACUCCAAAUGACCUGAGCCCAAACUAUGCUGGGACGCUAAUGGCUAUAACGAAUGGUUUCGGAUCAUUUGCAGGAAUUUUAGCGCCAUAUUCUGUAGGUUUAAUGACACCAAAUACAACUAUACAGGAGUGGCGACUUGUUUUUUGGGUUGCCGGUUUUAUACUUUCAGCAUCUGCUGUAUUUUAUUGUGUAUGGGUAACUGGUGACACUCAGUCAUGGAAUGAACCUAGUCCAAAAAAGGAUGUGGAAAAAGAAUAAUUUUGAAAUUACGUUUAGAAUUUUGUAGUUAUGAAUAAAUAUAGUAUUAUGGUUAUUAAAAAUCAUUGAGAUAAUGUAGGUAUCGUGGUAAAUCUAAAAUACAUAAUUACACAUUUUUGAAUAUAUUAAGAAAGAUCCUAAAAUAUUUUGGGUUUUCUGAUUACUUUACAAAAAAUCCUAAAAUGAUUCUAAGUACUACAU